UCCACUCAAAAAUUAUAGUUUAAAAACCACUACUUUCUCCAUUCCUCUUCCCAAAACUCUUGGUAAAUAAGUUCCCAUUUCACCAUGGAAAACUCCAAGCCAUUAGCCACAGAGAGUUUUUCAUACAGUUGGUUAGUAGACAAAAAACAACACUCUCUUGAUGUCCUAGCUGAGAUCACCACACCCCAAAAACCAUGUGAAAAAGAUCAAAACUUCAACUUUGAUGUUUCUUUCACAGCUUUCCAAGCUUCCCUUGUUCAUGCUGAUGAAAUAUUUGCAGAUGGGCAGCUCAUGCCGGGCUACGCCUUGGAAAAAACUCCGGAUCAUGUCCCUGCGUCGCCUCUCUCCUCGUGUAAGUUUGAUCAUGGAGUCAAGAAGCAGUCUUGCUUGGUUGCGAAAUGGAGGAGAUCAUCAAAGAGGAUCUUGCACAAGUGUUUUGGAUUCAUUAGGCCAUUGUACAAAAGCUCGAGGAACAACAGUAGAGUCGAUGAUCUCGAGAGAAAGGUUUGUGAGGUUGAGAGGUGGACUAACUCUCUGCAGGCAUCACCAAGGCCUAGCUAUGCCCCUGCUCUCAUGAAGGCAAGGAGUUGGGCCGCUUCCCCACAAGCCUCGCCUAAUUUGAUCCCAUCUCGUGCUAGUAGUGCUUGGUGCGGCGAUGAAAGCUCCAUCCACGAAGCAAUUCUCUACUGUAAAAGAUCAAUAGAAAAGUAGAGGGAAAUGUCAUCUGCACAGAGAAGAAAUUAGGAAUCAAACUCAAGAAAUUCAGCCCUUUUCCUUUAGCCUCAUGGUGUAUUAUUUAGUUUUUUUUUUCUAUCUUUAGUAGGAAAAAAGAAAAGGGUGUGUCAAUUUUUGGAAUUCCACUCAGGGCAUUGUGCAAUCUGUCAAUCCUUGUGUUGUAAAAUGAAAAUUUCUCUACACUGUACAUAUGAUGCUAUCUGUCAUGGAGAAAAACAGGCAUGUAGACACUUAUUUGAUGAUCAUAUUAAUGAUUAAUUUUUGCC